AUGUCGGCCGGCGACAGGAAGAAGACGGCCUGCGUGACCGGAGGAAACGGGUACAUCGCCUCGGCGCUCAUCAAGGUGCUGCUGGAGAACGGGUACGCCGUCAAGACCACGGUCAGGAACCCCGAAAGAGCUGAUCGAGCCGGCCGUCCGAGGGACUCUGAACGUGCUGAGGUCGUGCGCGAAGGCGGGGGCGGCGGUGAAGCGCGUGGUCCUCCUGACUUCGUCGGCGGGCUCUGUGUUGUCACUCUUGUCAGGCCAGAGCUGCAAGGCGACGGCCAUGUGCUGGACGAGGAGCCCUGGUCCGACGUCGAGUACCUCACUGGCACCAAGUCUGGUCUCUGGGCGUACCCGGUGUCCAAGGUGCUCCUGGAGAAGGCGGCGAGCAGGUUCGCGGCGGAGCACGGCAUCAGCCUCGUCACCGUCUGCCCCGUCGUCACCGUGGGCACAGCGCCGGCCCGGAGCGCCCGCCCCAGCGUCCUCAACUGCCUCUCCCUUCUAUCAGGCGACGAGGCAGCGUUUGGCGCGCUGAGAGCCAUGGAGCUGUCCGGCAUGCUGGCGUUGGUCCACGUCGAGGACCUCUGCCGCGCGGAGCUGUUCGUCGCCGAGGAGGCGGCGGCCGCGGGGAGGUACCUCUGCUGCGGCCUCAACACGACCAUCCUCGAGCUCGCACGUUUCCUGACUGAGAAGUACCCGCAGUACACUGUGAAGACGAAUCUGCUCUUCGGCGAGCUGCUUGAGAAGCCGAGGGUGUGUCUCUCGUCCGCGAAGCUGGUCGGGGAAGGGUUCGACUAG